AUGUCGAAGGUGUGGUGCCAUUACACAAAAGUCAGCUGUAAAAAGGCAAAAUGUAAUAUUUGUCUACAAGAAGUCGCAAGUUCUGGUGGAACAACAAACCUAUCUACCCAUCUUAGACGGCAUCACAACAUUGACCUGUUUGCUACCGUGAAACGUGGAGGCAAUUCCGCUGCCAUUACUUCCACAAGUAACGUGAAAACGAUGUCAAGUAUCAACACAGUCAGCGUAAACACAUUAGCCCCACCGGCAGUGAAAAGUGUCAGUUCUACUUCUGUUACCCCAUGGACCAUCGCUAGAACAGCAAAGUUGCCAUCUGCAAAAUCUAACGAGAUUACUAAUGCAGUUGUAGAAUACAUAAUCCAGGACCUGCGACCUUAUAGUACAAUUGAGAGCCCAGCUUUCAGGAACAUGCUCUACCAACUUGAUCCUAGAUAUCACCCACCUAACAGACAUACUGUCAGUGAACAAUUAAUACCUGCACUUUUAUCUCAAGAACAAGCUAAACUUCAAACUGAUUUAAGUGCAGCAAAAGCUGUGGCUCUGACUUCUGAUGCAUGGACGUCACGCGCAACAGAAUCUUACUUAACAAUUACUUGUCAUUAUUUGAAAAAACCUGAGUGGAAAUUAUGCUCAAAAGUUUUGCAGACAGAAAAAUUUGGAGGCAGUCACACUGGAGACAGAGUGGGAUUUGAGCUCAGAUCAGCUAUGAUGAAGUGGGGUAUUGAGAAAAAAGUUAAAGUUAUUACAGUGGAUAAUGCUUCAAAUAUGGACAUAGCAAUUCAGAGAUGUGAGGAGUUUGUGGAAGUCAUGAAAAUAAUGAUGACAGCAACAGUAGCACUAUGUGAAGAAAAGUCACCUACCGCAGGACUUAUUUUGCCUUUAUUAGGAAAACUUAGGAAGCAUUUUACAAUUUGUGACACUGACUCGGCAUCUUUGAAAUCAAUAAAAGAGUUGGUUGGCAAGAAUCUAGCAGUAAGAUACACACAACAGAACAUUGUUCAUUUUCUAGAGGAGGCAAGUGCCCUUGAUCCCAGAACUAAAAAAACUACCAUGAUUGAUGAAGGAACAUGGGAGAGAAUCAUCAACAAAUGUAUUACUAUUGUGGCUUUGUGCAAAGACAACAUAAUUGUCAAGCAAGAACCAGGAGCUGAAUCUGAAAUUUCUGCCAAACCAGCCCUACCAAGUUUAAAUAUGGAGCUUGACAGUAGCUCUACUGCACCUAAAGAUGAAAAAGAUGUUGCUGCUUGUGAGCCUCCACUGAAAAAGUCAGCUUUGUCUUCGUUGUUUGAUGAUGACAUAGAAGUAACACAUGUAGAUCCUCCUUUACAGGAUAGUGAGAUUGCCAGAAGGGAAGUAGAAAAAUACAGGGGUAUUCCACAAACAAGCAUGUUGGAAAACCCUCUUCUUUUCUGGAGGGAAAGAAGUUUUGACUUUCCAAAUUUGAUUGUUCUAGCUGAAGAAUAUCUCUGUGUUCAAGCAUCAUCUGUAGCUUCGGAAAGAGUAUUUAGCGGCGACAUCGUUUCAAGCACAAGGGCCUGUCUGAAACCAGACCAAGUGGAUGCUUUGGUUUUUCUCAAAAAAAAUAUGGACCAACAAUGA